GAUGUGUGAUGUGAAGUUUGUGAAGUAUAGUUUUUUAUGGUGGAUAAAAGUAAAGGAUAAUAAAAUCAACCAUAACGUCUUGUGUUGUUGUCUAGCGCCCUUUAUGCUCAUCUCAGUGUAAUAGUUAACGUGUUUUUUUUUUAAUUUUUAAAUAUUUAAAAAGCAAUAAGUGAUAAUUUCUAAGUCUGAAAUUCAAUUACAUCCUUGAAAAUGUCGCAAGAAGCUAAUCAAUCAAACAAUGGAAAUGAUGAACAAAGAGCCAAUGGUGGAGAUGAUGAAGGUGACGCAUGGGGUAGUCAUGGAUCUGUGAAUAAACCACGAUACGCAAAAAUGCCAGUAAACAGAAAUUCUCCAUAUUAUAAAAUGGACCACAAACGACGCGGAGUUGCUGUUAUAUUCAAUCACGAGUUUUUUGAUGUUCACAGUUUAAAACCACGCACUGGAACAAAUGUAGAUAGUGACAAUUUAGCUAGAGUUCUAAAAAAUUUGGGCUUUCGUGUUACUAUAUUCAACAAUCUGAGAUUCCAUGAACUCAAUGCUCGUGUACAAGAAAUUGCCGAAAUGGACUACUCCGACGACGACUGUUUAUUGAUGGCGGUGCUAACUCAUGGCGAAAUGGGAAUUCUUUAUGCUAGAGACACUCAUUACAAAGCUGAAAACCUUUGGUAUCACUUCACUGCAGAUAGAUGUCCAACAUUAGCAGGGAAACCAAAACUCUUCUUUAUACAAGCUUGUCAAGGUGAUAGGCUUGAUGGAGGUAUUACAUUAACUACAACAGAGACAGAUGGAUCUUCAAGCACACAAUAUCGAAUUCCAGUCCAUGCGGAUUUCUUGAUUGCCUUUUCUACAGUUCCUGGUUAUUUUUCUUGGAGAAACACCACACGUGGAUCCUGGUUCAUGCAAGCUCUUUGUGAAGAGCUACGUUUUUAUGGAACUGAGAGAGAUAUCUUACAACUUUUGACAUUUGUAAAUCAAAAAGUAGCUCUUGAUUAUGAAUCAAACACACCUGAUGUGCCAUCGAUGCAUCAACAAAAACAAGUUCCAUGUAUUACUAGCAUGUUGACACGUCUCCUUAUAUUUGGGAAGAAAUAGGUGUUACUUUAUUGCUCAUUAUUAGUUCUAGUUAUCAAUUUAUUAGUUUGGUUUAUAUUAAUCAGUAAGUACAUUUUGUUAGAUUGCCAUACACAAGGAAAUUGUUCCUAAAUUCAACAAUUUGUGUUAAACCUUCCUUGCCUUGUAAAAUAAAAACAAGAAAGUAUUAUAUGCAAUUUCUAUUGUUGUAUGCUAUUUGUCUAAAAAUUUUACUUUGUAAUUGUAAAUGGUAUAUACUCUGUAGAUGUAUGAGAAAAAAGUAGAACUUUGCAUAAUUUUAGAAAUGCUCAAGUAUGACAAAAAGGUGUACCCACUAUUUUAAAUAGCUUUUAUAUUAGCCACUUUAUCACUACUCUACUAAUUAAUCUUCUGUAAUAACAAAAUACUACUACUAUGUAAUAACAUAGUAGUAAUAGAACAAUAUUCUGCAUAAAAUAAAAGUAAUUGGAUUGCCAUUGUUGAAUAAGAAAAUGUUAGAUUUUUUUCACAAAGAUAUGUCAAAGCAUUUAAGAUCUUUUUUAUUGUUACGUUUUAGCAUUAUACCUAAGUCAUAAGCCAAUUGUAUAACUAUGAUCCAGUGUGCUGAAAGUUGUAUACAAGCUGAAAAAAAAAACUAUUAAUUCAUUACUAUUACAUUAAACAAUAGUAAAAUAGUUACCCUGUUAUAAAAAAAUAAAGAUACUUUAAACUAUAUAUACUAAACUAUAUACACUAAACCUGUAUUUUAUAAUUCAGAAAUGUAUUUAUUGUAUAAGUUUACUAAAUUAUUAUUUUUUUGAUGCUUUAAAAUAAUUACACAAUGAAAUAAAAAGAAUAACAAUACCACUAUAUAAUAAUUCAAAAAUGUAUGAAAAACAAGAAAUAAGAUAAUAAUGCACAAAAUAAAUUGUAAUUUUAUAGAAUAUGUAAGCUCAAUUACAUAAAUUAAGAGCAUAAUUUGCACUGUUAUAAUUAAAAAAACAAAAAAGACUAGCAAUUGGCCGUGCCAUUCAUUAUGUUAGUAAGAUUAAGUGAAGCACAAAAUUUUAGAAAGCUUUACAUACUGUUCAUUCCCAAAUAUAAAAAUUUUAUAUUUUUAAAAUAAUUUUCUACAUUUUGUAUUUGUAAUUUCAUAGGUAUGUAAGCAUAGUUAUUGUCCUAGUGUUAUUGACAAUUAUAAUUAAAGGUAAAGAUUGUGCAAUAAUUAUUGCCAGACAUUGUCGCAUAGAUAUCAUUCUGUGUUAAGGAUUAUUGAUAUCAAUUGUAUGCAUUUUCUGAUUGUACUUAAAUAUUAGAUAUUUCUACCAUUAUUUCUAUAAGAUACUAAUAUAUAUCAUUGUAGUAUAUGUAAUUCAAUUUCAUGUCAUAUUUAUCAAAAAAACAUAGUACAUAUCAUGAAUGUAUUUAGAUAUGUGCUGGAAACAUACUUUUUUUAAUUAUUUGUAAAAUGAUGCAUACUUGUCAUGGUUAGGCAAAAUAAUUUUAAUUAGUGGUACAUACACAAAUAAUUAAAUUUAUAUUAUUAAAUUCUCUUAGGAUUUGUGAUGUAUCCACAUACCUUAAUCUCUUUUUACCUUGUAUUUAUAUAUGCUGAUUACUAUAUAAAAUACUUUAUAUAGACUCAGCAGGCACACUGCCAUGCUUCCUGAUAAUUACCUACUUAAGAAGAAAUAGGUAUGCUAUAGUUGCAUAACUAAAAGUAUCAUGGUAGAUAAAAUAGUUGUCACAAAUAUAGAAUGAUAUUAAAAUACUCAACUUUUAUAUCUAUUUUAUUAUUAUAUACUUUUUAUUUACAUUACAUUAUUAUUAUUGUAUAAUAAUAAGUACACAAAAACUUUUCUAAAUUUUUGUUUAAAUCAGGUUUAGUUUGCUAUAAAAUUUAGUGAAGAUCUACUUGGACAAUGUAUUAUUUUAGCUUUAAUUGUCACUUUUUAUAAUGCAAUAAGUAAAUUAAGAAAAAAUGGAUUAAUCAUCAUAUCACAACAAAAUGCUGUCAUUAUUUCAGAUACUGUUUAUGUUAUUUCAUUAAGUGCCCUUUUUCUUUUCAGUGCCUACACAGGCAUAAAUUAUGUUGAUGUGAAUUUACAACUAUACAAAACAAAAUUUUUUUCGCAAGUUAGGUGUACUAAAUACCUGCUUUAUAUUUUAGGUUUUCUUGGAUAAUGCAUUUUAUAUUUAAUCUGGCUAAAAUAGAAAAUAUUUAGAUGAAUGUGAUAAUGAUGUGGACUGAUUUUUAUUAGGAUAUGAUAGUGAUUUAAAAUAUCCAUGAGAAAGUGUAUGAAGUUAUAUUUAGUACAUUUAGUUCUAUAGACUGUUGACUAACAACCACCACAAAAAUAUCUGUAUUUGGCUUGUCAAAAAUAGUGCCUUGAUUGACAUUUAACAAUAAAAUUUAAAACAACUACAUGUUUAAAAUCAAAUCUCAUGGAUAUUUGAAAGAGUGAAAUAUUUUUUUAAAAACUUCUCUUUUUAAAUCUACUUUAAUGCUUAAUUGAGCAAUAAAAUUCCAUUGUAUA